UUACCAGUCCUAUUAUGUCAGCAGCAGCAUGAAUGUACUAAACCUGUCAUCCAGAAGGAGCAGAGCCUGAAAACUGACAGGCGACGUUAGGUGCCAUUUUAAUCAUCUAGAAUGGGCUGUGCUUGCAGUGGUCAGAAGGAUUACAAUUUUAACAAGAACAAACAAAAACAUCAGGCCUUGAGCUCUUCUAAUCACACAGGAAAAAAUGGAAACGCAUAUAAAAAUGAUAAUAACGAAUAUGUGGCUCAACAUGACUUUGUAGCAACCAACAACACUGAUCUAUCUUUCAAAAAGGGAGAGAAACUCAAGGUUUUACAAGAAAAUGGAGAGUGGUGGGUGGCCCGCUCACUGGUAACUGGUCAGGAAGGUUUAAUACCAUCAAAUUAUGUGGCCAGAGCAGAUACACUGUGGUUUUUCAAGGACGUGAGUCGAAGAGAAGCCGAGCGACUUCUUUUAGCUCCAGGAAACAAGCCUGGAUCAUUUCUGGUCAGAGAAAGUGAGACCUGUAAAGGUUCUUUCUCACUGACAGUCAGAGAUCUUGUUCCAGAGGAGGGAGAUGUAGUAAAACACUACAAGAUCCGUAAUCUGGACAAAGGAGGUUUCUACAUCACCCCCACAAACACCUUUGUGUCCCUGCAGGACCUGGUGAAAUACUACAACGGUAGAGCAGAUGGCUUGUGUCAGCGGCUUCUUGCUCCAUGUAAACCCAGGCCCCCACAGCUACCAUGGGCUGCAGAUGAGUGGGAGAUCCCCAGGGAGAUGUUGAAAAUGGUGAAAAAACUGGGAGCUGGUCAGUUUGGAGAAGUUUGGAUGGGCUACUAUAAGAACACACAAAAAGUGGCUAUCAAGACUCUGAAGGAGGGGACCAUGGAGCCAGAGGCCUUCCUUCAAGAGGCCAAUCUGAUGAAACAGUUACUACAUGAGCGACUGGUGCGACUUCACGCUGUGGUCACCAAGGAACCCAUCCUCAUAGUGACCGAGUUCAUGGUAAAUGGUUGUCUUCUAGAGUUCUUAAAAACCAGUGAAGGCAAGACUUUGAAGCUAACUAAAUUAAUAGACAUGUCCGCCCAGAUAGCUGAGGGCAUGGCGUAUAUUGAAAUGAAAAACUACAUCCACCGAGAUCUCCGUGCUGCCAACAUUUUGGUCAAUGAGACCCUUCACUGUAAAAUCGCAGACUUUGGACUGGCACGAAUCAUUGAGUCUGAAUAUACUGCAAAAGAAGGUGCUAAAUUUCCAAUCAAGUGGACAGCUCCAGAAGCCAUUAAUUAUGGCACAUUCAGCAUUAAGUCUGAUGUCUGGUCUUUUGGGAUCCUUCUGACAGAAAUAGUCACCUAUGGAAGAAUACCGUAUCCAGGAAUGACCAAUCCUGAGGUGGUGAAGAUGCUGGAGAAGUUCUAUCGGAUGCCAUGUCCUGAGGGCUGUCCCAACGAGCUCUAUGAGAUAAUGAUGAUGUGCUGGAAAGAGGAGGCAGUAGCAAGACCCACUUUUGAAUUUUUACAAAACACUCUCAAUGACUUCCUCAUUGCAACAGAGGGCCAGUAUGAGUUACAUCCAUAACCACUGUUGGAUGACCUUGGAUAAUGAACAAAAUAGACGUUUACUACUUCUGAAUGCACCUUGAGUGCACAAACAUCUGACACAUGACAAUCUCAAGAUGUUAUCCCUGGAAUGGAAGAGUUACAAUCAAGCACAUUUUACAAACUCCUUUAUAGGUUUCUAGGUUUCUAUUAGUUGCUAUGUUGUCAUGCCAUGUAUUUUGGUAACUUUGGGGUAAACAAACAAUAUAGAUGCUGAGCCGACUAUUUACUUUUUUGUAUGUGCACAUCAUAGGACUGUAUAAAUACAGUAUGGUGUGCACAUGCAUAUAACUCAUCUGGAGAUGCCAACAGGAAGCCCUAAAGCCUCAGAUCUUGUGGUUUGAUCCCUGGUGGGCGAAACAAUAUCUUAAAGAUAACAGUAGAAUGGCCCCACCAAGCAGGGGUUAAACCCAGCCAUUUCCUGAUUGCAAGGAAACAGGAAGUGUGCGUCAGCGUUCCUCAAAUACCACAUUUAGAGCAGGAGGCUGGAGAGUCCUAUCUGUUCUGUACAUAAAAUAUCUUCUAGUUAAUUAUGUAAAAUAAAAUAAAUUAUUGGCUAUUGGAUAAGUGGCUUUGUUGUGUUCAUUAUGUUGAUCAGGCACAGCAGCUUUUUGCCUAACAAAAACAAUAUAAGUGAUAUAUAUUCGUGUAUUUUGGAAACCCAUUUUGUUGUAUCAUCAAAACUAGGAUUUUGUUUACUGUAGGUGGAACUUGGCCUUUGCAAAACCUACUGAUGUAACCUCUGGAGAGAGCCCAGCUGAAGGGGGGAGGGGAAGUCGCUGAACCACCUUCAAGUGAAUGUGUUUGUUUCAUUUCCUUUAUCAUUUAAAGGUGCUGCCA